CCGCCGGCGGCCGGCGCUGCUGGGCUGUGCUGCGCUGUGCUGUGCGCGGCCAUGGUGGAGCGGGCGGACGAGGCGCCGCUGCUCUUCUGGGCCGAGGGCCCGGCUGUGUCUGCACCGCCGCCCGCUGUCGAGGCCGGUGGUGUCGGCGGGCGGCGGCUGGGAGGCGGCUGGAGCGCUGCGCCGUGGGGCUGCGAGGAGGAGGAGGAGGAGGCGGCGGGGCCGCCGCGGACGGAGGCGGAGGAGGACCAGAUUGUGGCCGUCUUCGUGGUCACCUUCGACCCCCGCACGGGCAACAUGGUGGAGUGGUGUUUACCUCAAGAUAUUGAUUUGGAAGGCGUGGAGUUCAAAUCCAUGGCAAGUGGGUCCCACAAAAUCCAGUCAGACUUCAUUUAUUUCCGGAAAGGUCUCUGUUUUGGCCUGGCCUGCUUUGCCAACAUGCCUGUGGAGAGUGAGUUAGAGCGUGGUGCCCGUAUGAAGUCUGUGGGGAUUCUGUCUCCUUCUUACACCCUGCUUUAUAGGUACAUGCACUUCCUGGAGAACCAGGUCAGACACCAGCUGGAGAUGCCAGGGCACUACUCCCAUCUGGAGGCAUUCUAUGAUGACAAGAAAGGUGUUCUCCCUGACAACAAGGGCACCACCACCUCCCAGCAGCCGGUUCACUGGCUGCCAUCCAUCCACAGAUACAUGUACCCUGAGAUGAAGAUCACACACCCUGCUGGCUGUAUGUCUCAGUUCAUCAAAUUCUUUGGUGAGCAGAUUCUUGUCCUCUGGAAGUUUGCCCUGCUGCGCAAGCGCAUAUUGAUAUUUUCACCGCCCCCAGUUGGAGUUGUCUGCUAUAGAGUGUACUGCUGCUGUUGCCUUGCCAACGUUUCUCUACCUGGUCUUGGAGGAACUGUCCCAGAAUCCAAACCAUUCUUCUAUGUGAAUGUGGCAGACAUAGAAAUGCUGGAGACAGAAGUAUCAUAUGUGGCCUGUACAACAGAAAAGAUCUUUGAGGAGAAACGGGAUCUCUAUGAUGUCUAUGUAGACAACCAGAAUGUGAAAACACAUCACGAGCAUCUGCAACCGCUCCUGAAAAUUAACAGUGCUGACAAGGAGAAAUACCGACGGCUUAAUGACCAGAGGCAGAUGUUAAUGUAUUCUCAAGAGGUGGGUGAGGACUGUAGCUCCUGUGAAGAGGAUCUUUUCAUCUUGUUUUUCAUGGAGCAGAACAACCGCAUAUUUCAGACACUGAUGGAGGUGUCGGCCAGCCAGGACAAGACCCUGACAGCUGACCACGCACGAGGCAUGGGCCUGGAUCCCCAGGGGGAUCGAAGUUUCCUUAUGGACCUACUGGAAGUGUAUGGCAUUGAUGUCAUGCUAGUCAUUGACAACCCCUGCUGCACUUAAACCAAGAGGAAGAGAAACGGGGAGCAAAGAUCACUUUUUAAAGACUAUCAGACAUUGCUUAGGAGUGUCAUUGGAACUCACCACGGCCACUGGAUGGAUUUCAUUUUAUUUAAUAACUUUAUGUGGAAAGUAUUUAUAAUUUAAAAGAAAAUGUGAUUCUAUUCUUAUCCCCUUGAUUUCCCUAAGGAGUACCCACUCCAGGUUUUUUGUUUCUUUGUUUUCACCUCCUAUUCUUUUUCACUUGUGUUUUUUGUUUUGUUUAGAUAGGACCAGUGGCAUCUCUGCACCAACCCUCAGUGGUGCCAGUGAGUUAGGUUUUGGCCUACUCUGGAUGCAUGAGGGCUGAAAAUUUCAGGAAAGCACUUUGUCUGAUGGGGACCAAUGUGAAAUGCUGCCGCUGAGCUCUCAUGACUUGACUGGAAAACCCUACUGUCAUUCCUUCUUCCACUUGACUGAAGAGAGCUUCAGCACAGGCUCUUACUGUACCGGUAUCAUAAAACAUCUCCUGUUCCACCAUGUUUACGGGUGAGGACAGUUAAAUGAUGAAGACUGGGAAUCCUUUAAAAAACUCCUCAUCCAGCUUUUAGCAGCUAAGUGGAAGAAAGACACCCUUCCUCAUCAAUAGCUGAAAUGAACUUGGGAUAAAGGGGUGCUAUAGGAUCGUAUGACUUUGCUUACCAGUGUGGUACUGUUUCAUUUCCAGCAUCCAAGGUACAAACAGUGUAAAAGACUGCACCUGCCUAUCUCACAGCUGGAAAAGAGCACUAUCUCUACUUCAUCCCUCCUUCCACUUCCUUUGGUUUUCAGUUGUAUUGAACCUGCUGCUUUGGCUUAAUAUCUUCAAACCAGCAAAAUAUCCUCACACUGAAAAGGGUCCAACACCACUGAGCCACCUUGCAGUUGCUAUGCUCUUCAGCCUCAGUUCAGAUGAUGCUGGGCAGGAUUACAUUGAAGAAGUCUGCCCUAACUACUGUAACUAGCUCUUCUUUUGCAGCAGACAGUACUUGCCACACCUUUGUUUCAACACUGUCUGCCUUUUCUCCUUUGUCAAGCAGCCUUCGGCAUUGCCUGUUCUGUCCUUGUCUUUCAAUAUGAGGCAGAGAACAGUAUGUGACUUUCCAUCUGGAAAGUCUUUAAGGCUUAAAGGAGGUUCUCUUGGAGGUUGGUGUUGCUAACUGGCUAGAAGCGAUGGCUAAGAGCAAGCCCUUUUCUACCUGGGUAGACCAGCAUUUUCUCAUUCUUUUGCUGGGGAAAGAGCAGGAUUCAGUUUAUACAGGGCCAGAGGUUUCCUCCAGAAAGUCUAUGCCUGUGAAGGGUAAUCCUUUUGCCAUGUAAAGUCCAAGAACGGAACAAUGGGUUAUAGGUGUGACAUAAUACUUUGUCCAAAAUCCUUUCGCCAGUAGUAGCGCCAGCUCUAAGCGAACUGUUCUUUCACGAACUACCAUUUUUGCUACUUAGUUGCUUCCUCUACCAUAAGAGACUUCAGCACUUUGGAGCCUUUAUGCAAACUGUAGCUGGAGUUACACAUUUACCAUUGCGUCGUAUACAAUGAGACAGCACCUGAACCUCUGAUGUCUCACCUGCUAAUUGUUCUUAAAACAUGUGAAGCAAGUGUUCCCCAAGUAGACCCCUUAUGGAUUGCAUCCCUCUGCAAGGAAGGAGGCUAUCUGCAGCAAAGGGGUAGUUUUGCUUGCUGUGGAUUCAGAAGUUUCAGUGAGGCGUGGGAUCAGAGGCCUCACGUUUAUUUAUUGCACAGUUCAUUGGUAUGAACUUAAGCGGAUUAUGUUCUCGUGAUCUGUUUCCAAACACUUGCUCCCCAUCUUGCUUUUCAGGACUCGGAAUGCUUUUCUACAGGGGAAAACACUGUUGCUUAUACUGCCAGUUUUCAUAGGUUUUCUUUUUUUCCCAAGGAAAGGUUUUGGUUUUAGAUUGACACCCAUGGUAUAAGAGUGAUUCACCACCUCUAUGCCUUCUAGCUUCCACUUCAGUUCUAACACGCCGUCUGCAGUGAAGACCUCGGGGGAAGGUCUGCUGUGACUUAAUUUCCUUCAUAUUAAAAACAGAACUGAAACUACUUUCCAACAAUUCUUUUCAUUUUCCGCGUGGCUUUACUGUGAUCAGCUGUUGAUGACUUUCUCUUCUCCUUGGUAUCACAAAUUCUUUUGCUGAACCAAACAGGAACAAACCUUUAACUUGUCAUGGAAGUUUCACAGCCUCAAAGUUUCCCUAACAAACUGCGUUGCAGCACCUUUUUCACAAGCUGUCAGAACAUCAGGGCUGUGAGACAGCAAGCAGAACCUCCUGACUUGAUCAUUUAACAUUUAUUUAACCUCUGCUUUUCAGAAAAUAGGUCUUCAGUUGUCAGCCAGAGCAUGUGCGCAGUAGCACCAAAGCAAGCAGAUUACUGUAGAAGUAACAUUCACCUUACAUCCCAGCUUGAUGGCUACAGUCUGUGUUGCUCUUGUAGUUUUGUUUCUCUACAGCCUUUCUUGGAAGGAAGUCAGAAGUAUCCAAAUAGAAAACGGAACAAAAAGACUUACUUGUCUAUCCUAAACCUUCCACAUGUGCUUUCUUUUUGCAAAUGAAUUCUUCAUCUGCAGUGUCUAUUCCUAAUACAACAGGUACUUGGUGUUGCCCACAGAAAAUCCUUGACAGAGCAGUAUGAAAUACAGAAGAAUGGCUAUAGCUUGUGCCACAAAGGCCUGUUUAGCAGGCUGGUUUUGUUUCCCAGCCUUUGAACCAAUUUCACUGAAUUCUAUCUGUUCAGGAGCUAACUCACUGUUUUACUUUGAAUUAAGUACAGACGUUUUAAAUCCCCUCCUUGGAAAUUAAUAGCUGCUUUUUUGAAUACUGGCAGCUGGAGGGGGAAGGGGGGUGCAGUUAUUUGGUAUAUUUAAAACUAAAAGAGGAAGAAAAGUAUGCCAUAAGGUAGGAUAUGAACAAGUACUGUAGGCCAUUCUUUUCCAGUUAAAGUCCUUUGCCUUUACAGUGGUGCCUUUAAUCUCUUGGUAUGAUGUCUCUGGUUGGUUGUGAGUGAUCAGAGGCCAGGUUAAAUAGUGAUUCUAGAAAUCAUGUCUACAUAGUGCCCCAGUAAAGCAGCUGGUAUAUUUCUUUCUCCUAUUGCCUUCCUAGUACAGCAAUUACAGGAAAGAGCAAGAGCUUCACAGUCACAUCUUUAGUUGCACUAGACAUGUGUAAUUAAGUAAUGAAUUAUUGUUAUUUUUAGUAUCUGGAGUAGAGGGUAAAGCUCAGAAGAGAAAUAAAUAUCAGGUUUUUAAAAUCUCAGCAGGUGAUAUACAGUGUUAGACAUUUAAAUCAUGAGAAAGUCUUGCUGCAAGUGUAGGGCAAGCAGCAUUGAGCCAAAUACAACUAAACACAAUAGUGGAUGCUAGGAGGGAGGCAUCUGACUGAAUUAGAUUUCAGAUUCAUCUUGGACACAUGCUAACACACUCUUUUCUAGCUCAAAUUAAGUAGUUACUUAAGCAGUUAGAGAUAAUGAUGACAUCUGUCAGAGGAGAUAAGCUCUCUUACCCAGCGUUCUGAAGGGCAAAAGGAAGUUCUAUCACCUUUUCAACAAAGUAGCUCUACCGUACAGGCUCACUGAAUAAAGCUGUGUUGCUAUGACACUUCCAUUUUAAGUGUUGAAGUUCAGUGACAAGAAGGGAGAAGUAGCUGCGGCCCUCGUGGGGCAAAGGACAGGCAUGCUUUGGAAGGGAGAAAGGGAGCGGUUUCUGAAACAGCAGGGCAAAAGUGCUCUGUCCUCUUGCGUUUACAUUGCAUGCUAACUACUGCAAAUUUUCUCAUCAUAGUUUUUUGGAGGGACUGGAAUGUAUUGCCAUCACGAAUGGCAUAAUGGCAGUGAACUGGGAUUUCAAAUCCUAAUUAAUGCAGCAUGCCAUUCAAAUGGAAAUGACUAAUUGUGAUGGUUAAAAUAAACAGGUGCCUUGGGCCAGUCCAUUAUUAGGUUGUUAUCCUUCAUUUUUAUUUAUGUUGCGGUAUUUUAAGCCCUUCUAGAAUGUACUGUAAAUUGAAGCCAGGAUAAAUGUUCUCACGGAGUGGGGCCCAGUGUUCUCCUCCUUCCUGUCUUGGGGUUCAUACAAAUAAAGUUGUUUAUCUUGCUGUCAGAUAGAAACAUAAGAACAGAGUCCUUUCUUCUACACUGUAGGUAGAAGGUUCAGCCUCCGCUUAUUUUAUGUUGUGAUUUCCUCACAUCUUUCCCUCUGAGUGUUGCAAUUCAGAUAUCUAGAACCACUUCAUACUGAGGGACCUCUCAAUUGUGAAGGAAGGGGGGGAAAAAGAAGGAACACUUGAAUGAUAUUUAUAUAAGCUAUUCAACUUGCAUUGAUAUAAGUACUUAAAUAUCAGCCCGUAUUUCAGACUGGCCUUGGUAUUUCAACAUCAGCACAGCAUUAUAAGCACCAGGUCUGAAAAGAGCUCUUGGUUACCCUUGAGCAAAGAAUCACACUGUGCAGAAGCCAUGUGUCUGGUAGUAGGUAAGGGAGUGAAUCAUUUUCCCCUUGAAAUGGUCCAGAUGAACCAGAAGCUGUAGGUAUCACUUAGCCCCUUUAAGCAGACUGGUUUUAGUCAUAAGAGCUCUGGUGUUAUUUGCAUCUCGCAGAUGUGUGGUUGUUCCCAUAGGCCUGUGGCUGUGUAGUAGAACUGCUUACUUACAUGUAGGUAUUUUUUAAAACAAUUAAAGCUUACCUUUUUGAAA